AUGCCAAAACUGACAAUUACUAAAAAGUGGCAGCAGAAAAGAGCAGAGGUAGCUUGUUCUGCACGUGCAUCUUACUCUCUUGUUGACCUUGAUUCAAGUGAAGAAUACCUUGAUUCUAGUAGCAAUUCAGAUGAAAGUUCAGAUGAUAAUUUUAUAGACCUGGACAACCUUGAUGAUGCGAAUAUAAUCAUCGAGCAACUUCGUGUGAUUUCAACAGUGGGAUCUAAAAAAAAAAGGUGCCCUUCUGUCUAUAUUGAGAAUUCUAAACAUACAAGACAAAGAAGAAAUAAGACUUUCAGAGAAGCAGCUAUCAGAAGCUUGAAGAUUACGCAUUUUUUUUCCAGUAUACAACCACUAAUGGUAGAUAAUGAUGAAAGUUAUAGGGACUUUCAAGACCAGGGUGAUCAGAGUGACGAUGAAUUAGAAGAAGAAUUGGAUGAUAAAGUGCUCUCAACAACUGAGAAGGCUCAUUAUUUGGCAGUUCUUUAUUUCCUUCGUUUACAUUUGCAAGGUCAAAAAAAAAUAGAAGCAUCAAAAACAGUCGCAGAUAUUGUUAAUAGUGGGCCAUGGCUUGCACGCU